AUUACACUCUUACUUAUAAUGUAGCAAUAAUUUCAGAUGUGAAUGUAUGGGGCGUGCGUUUAUUUAUUAGUGAGAGUUGGCAGGUCAAUUUAGUCCGCACUGAAGGUCCAGGUCCAAAAUGCACCACCCACCACUGGUUGCCAGAAUGUGGGGAAGAAGCCAGAAUAACCACUCCGCCACCCACUUUAUUGAAUGAUUGAACAACUCUGAAAUGGUUGCCAGUCAAUUGCAGGUUAAUUGUCUGAGUGUGAAUGUGAACGUUUGUUUGUUUUUUCUACAUAUGCGCUGAUAUUGGCUGGCGACCAUUUUAGGGGGUACACUCAUCCUUGCCCAGUCAGUUGGGAUAGAUGGUAAUAAUGUAUUAAGCAAUAAAUACGUACGCAAACAAAUAAAUAAAAAGACUAAAAGAAAGAAAGAAAUGAAAAACGAAAGAAAAAAGUUGCAGUCAUUUUUAUGAUCAGAAUCCUGAAGAAUACUCCGUCCAUUUUCAGAAGACGGUCCACAGCGGCUUGAACUCGGAUCGCUUGAACGUUAUGUAACCGAGCACAGUACACAGAAAGUGAACAGACGCUGUGCAGUUCUUCUAAAAACAGGAAGUUAGCGUGAAACCGUGUUAGCGGAAGUAGUUCUCUACGGCCCGAAAAGAAAACAAACAGGGAACGCUCCGAGCGGGACUUGAUCACAAGAGAAGGAUGGCUUCCUGUAGUACAAACAAAGAGGAUGAGCGUAAGCUGCGGGAGUGCGAAGUCUAUGUUCAAAAGCACAACAUUCAGCGGGUGCUGAAAGACUGCAUUGUCCAGCUGUGCACAGCCCAGCCUGAACGACCCAUGGCGUUUCUCAAGGACCUCUUUGAAAAACUGGCGAAGGAGGAGGUCCAGCAGAUGGUGUUACAGCAGAAGUCCACGGACUCGCGUGAAGAUGAAGUUUCACCACCUAUGAAUCCUGUGGUGAGGGGCAGGAGCAGGAGGGGCGCUAUCAGUGCUGAGGUGUACACGGAGGAAGACGCUGCCUCGUAUGUCAGAAAGGUCAUCCCAAAAGACUACAAGACGAUGGCAGCUCUGGGCAAAGCCAUGGAAAAAAACAUCCUAUUUGCCCACUUAGACAGCAACGAGAGAAGUGACAUAUUUGAUGCCAUGUUUUCUGUCAACUACAUUGCUGGAGAAACAGUCAUCAUUCAAGGUGAUGAGGGAGACAACUUCUAUGUUAUCGACUUGGGAGAAAUGGAUGUAUAUGUGAACAACGAAUGGGUGACCAGCAUUGGUGAGGGUGGAAGUUUUGGGGAGCUUGCGCUGAUCUAUGGGACCCCACGGGCAGCUACUGUUCGCGCGAGGUCCGAUGUCAAGUUGUGGGGCAUUGACAGAGACAGCUACAGGAGAAUACUUAUGGGAAGCACUUUAAGGAAGCGAAAGAUGUAUGAGGAGUUUCUGAGCAAAGUUUCAAUUUUAGAGUCUUUGGACAAAUGGGAGCGCCUGACUGUGGCCGAUGCUUUGGAGACGGUGCAGUUUGAGGAUGACCAGAAAAUUGUUGUGCAAGGAGAGCCCGGUGAUGAGUUUUUCAUCAUCUUGGAGGGGACAGCAGCAGUGCUGCAAAGGCGGUCCGAGGAUCAGGAGUUUGUGGAAGUUGGCAAACUUGGACCAUCAGAUUACUUUGGAGAGAUUGCCCUACUGAUGAACCGGCCACGUGCCGCCACUGUUGUUGCAUGUGGACCCCUCAAGUGUGUCAAAUUGGAUCGGCCACGGUUUGAGAGAGUCCUCGGCCCGUGCUCCGACAUCCUAAAGAGAAACAUACAGCAGUACAACAGCUUUGUUUCCCUCUCUGUCUGAAUGGCUUUCCACUAGUUUCAGAUCCACUGACACAGGUUGGGUUUAUUUUGUAAUCUACCCCUCUCUCCUCUUUUUGGUCUUUUUUUCAGAGUGCACUUCGAAUACCUUUCAGAGCUUUGAAGUAGUUGCUGUGACUUACUAUUUUCGAUAUGGCUUUGGGUGGAAUCCUCAUAUCUCCAAAAUAGCUCUUUUAAGGAAUUAUCAAAAUAAAGAGGGCAUGUUUGUAAAAAUAACAGAUACACUAGAGUGCUGAUAGAAUUGUGAAAAAAAUAUUAAAUUGACAACAUUUGGCCAUUGGCGGUGUCUGCCCAACCUGCACAUACACAUGCACUCAUAAAUCCACACACCACACUAGAUUUUUCGGACUUUUAAAUCACCCCAGAGCAUAAGUCGCACUUGUCAAAAAAUGUGUCAUGAAGAAGAAAAAAACAUAUGUCAGUCCGAAAUAUAAGUAGCAUUUUGGGGGGAUUUGUGUAAAUAAAUAAAAAAAAAAAACAAGACCAAAAAACAGGUGAACUGUAACUUGCACCCAAAAUCCCUGUACCCUAGUUAUGGGUGCAUUUGGAAAUAUACUCUGGAGUGCUAUUUGGUCAUUCAGAGUGCCCCAAUAAGGGAGCGUCUGAGGCCAGCAUAUCAGGCAGUAUAAGGAAAUGAAACAGUUCAAGCAUGAGCUGCUGAUUGCUUUAUAACAUGGACUGCAUUCAGAAAUUAAUGGGAGGGGAGCGAGCUCAGCCUCUCAGAACACACGCACUCUCAGUAUUGUUAGGGCGUCAGAGUGAAUUUCCAAAUCCAACCGUAUUGAUGGUCGAAAACUUAUAAACAUGGAAAGGUUUUUCUUCUUAGUUUAAAAUGGCUGAUAUUAACAAAAAUACAGAGUCACUUUGUGGCCAAAAGUAGAAGCCCGUUCAGUGAUUAUGCCUUUUAGUGUUGUAAAUCCUUGUUGUGGCAUUGGCAAAUGCUGAAUGAGCUAUAUGUCACACAUUUGUUGCCAUGACUACUCUUCUUCAGCUUCCUUCUCUUCUUCGACACUCUUUUGGUGCUUGGCAUAUACUGUUAGUGCAUUACCAUGCUAUAAAGAAGGUGGCCACCGGCAGUCAUCCAUAAUUACAUUGACGAUCACUACUACUAUUACUACUACCUCUCUUUCUUUCUUCUGUUUCCCCUCUUUAUUUAUUUUUAUUCUUUUACUGUCUUUUGGUAGUUGGCAAAUACUUUGAGUGCAUUACCACCAAUGAAAAGAAGGUGCUGGUAAUGCAAAGAAAGUGAACAUGAUGAGGGAACGGGAAUUUUGGGUGCCAGUCUGAGCUCAAUUUUAAUAUAUAUACACAAGUUGUGCUUCAAACAUAAGGAUAUAAAGUUAGAAAUUUACUUUUUUUUGGUGAAAAAGCAACACCGAAUUGGACACAGUUAUGAAGUGGAAUGAAAUUCAUGGGAUAUUUUAAACUUUCUUCAAAAAACUGAUAAGUGUCACGUGUUAUAGUAUUCGUCUCUUUUAAUGUUAUUGCAGUCAACACACUACAGAAGGUCCUUAAGGAUUUCUGAAUGAGCCAAUGUUGACCUAAAUGACUGAUGGUGUUCAACUGUGUGUAAUUAAUUUCAGGAUAAAUGCACCUGCUCGAUGAUAGUUUCGGAGGUUUAAAACACACAAAGUACAAAAAAGACGUAAGGGACACACCAAAGUGGUUUAAGUUACGGUUGUGGAUAAGUUUAACGCAGGAUUGGGAUAUAAAAAGCUUACACAAGCUUUAAACAUAUUGCAAAGCACUCUUUGAACAUGUAUUUUGAAAUGUAUAUUCUUGGCUGCUGAUUAAAUCGCAGGGCUCCCACUUUGAUAGUAUGCACUUUUGAAAUUAAUUUGCUUAAACUCCCUUUAUGUUAUAAUUAAUGACGAAUGAUAUUCAUUUCUGAGAAAACACUGCUCACAUUCGCGAUUUCUCACAAUAAUGAGAAAAAUGAAACAAUUGGCCACACCUUAUGAUAAAUGUCUGCUGCUAUUCACAUCUUGAAAUGAUCACUUCUACAACAUCCCUGGAGAGUCACAGUGUCUAAUCCAGUGGUUUUUAACCUUUUUAGAAGUACUGAACCCAACCAGUUAAUACAUACAUUCACCAAACCUUUUCAUGAGUGAAAAAUACUUUUUUUUUUUUUUUACAAAUUCAAGAUAUUUAAAAAAACACAUUUAUUAAAAACAUAAAAAAGUUAAUAACAUUUCAAGACAGAAGUAUACUUUUUUUUAUUGUACGACGUACUAUCACGACAGUCACACGUUAAUGAUUAACCGAACUUAAUUUCCCACAGCACUGAUUGGACAAGCAAUGUAAUGUGAUCAUCUGCAGCCAGUGAUGGCAAGUGGGGGUGCCAUAACUGAUUGAUAUGUUGAGUCACGUGUAUCUUACCGUCAAUGGCAGAGGCUCCGUCGAACCCCUGAGACCGACUCACUGAAUCCCUGGGGUUCGAUCGAACCCAGGUUAAGAACCACUGGUCAAAUCACUGGUGAGCUAUUUUUGGAAUAGGCCCGCGGGCGACUCAUGUAGUCCUUGAGGGCUCCUUGGUGCCCACGGGCCAUGUUGGUCAGCCCUGCUCUAAAAUUUCAGCCCAGACAAGUAGAGUCUUCGGAGGAGUCUAAGGAGACUGCUUAGAGAUGCAGCCAAGAGCCCCAUGAUCACUUUGGAUGAACUGCUGCGAUCUACUACAGAGGAGGGGUAAUCUGUCCAGAGGACAACUAUUUGUCGUAUACUGCACAAAUUUGGUCUUUAUGGAAGAGUGUCAAGAAGAAAGCCAUUACUCAAAUGCAACAAUAAAAACUGCUUUUCUUCAGCAGGGACUAUCAGAAGAUGGUUAAAAUUAAUGGGUAGAUAGAUUGGUCCUGUAUUUGGCUCUUUUUGAAAGAUAAACUUGUUGGAGUCUGCAAAAGACCUGAGACUUGGGCAGACGUUUAUCUUCCAACAAGACAAUGAUCCUAAACAUAAAGUUUAAAUGUACAAUAUAAUGUUUCAAAACUGAACAAAUCCAGGUUUUAGAAUGGCCAAGUCCAAGUCCAGACCUGAAUCCCAUUGAGACUCUGUGGUAAGAUCUAAAAACUGCUGAUCACAAACGCUCUCAUCUCUUGCAGCUAUAAAUGCGGAAAAAGUAGAUCUGCAACGUAUUAAGGGGGCUGAAUAAUUUUGCACUCCCAAAUUUUCAGUUUUUUAUUUCUAAAAAAGUGCAAAGAUUGUGAAUUUUGCUCCACUUCAUGAAUGCCUCCCACUUGAGGUUCUUUCUUUAAAAAAAAAAAAAAAUCCAACUUGAUGUCUUUACGUUUGAAGCAUGACAUGUCGCACAAGGACAAAAAGUUCAAGGCGGCCGAAUACUUUUGUAAGCCACUGUACAUACAACAUAGUUUUGUUGUUCUUCUGUUCAUUCAUGCUUGCUUUAAAGUAAGUAUAGGUCAAGACAGGCUCAUUCAAGAAGCACAUUUCAAGUCAAGUUUAUUUAUAUAACUUUUUAAUCACACAGCAUUCAAAAAGGGGAUUCACAAACCAACGCUGAGAGAUCCAACAACAUCCCCUGAUCUAAACCCCCAUUUUUGGGCCAAGGAAAAUUCCCCAAAUCUAUUUUGGAUAAAGGAAAAAAAAUCUUAAGAAGGGAAAACAGGGGAAAUAAUGAUAUUUACUGAUAGAUGAAACAGCCAAUGAGUUUGCUUAAGGAUAUGAAACGUAGAUAGCCGAUGCCUCCAGAGGAAGUGGUUCGCCUCAGGUCCCGUCCUGGUUGUUUGAUGCUGAACCCUCCACAGCACUAGCGACAGUCUCACUUUGCUCAUUGCCACCUCUCUUGGUGGUGUUACAAAAUAAAUCAUGAAAAAAAACCCCGAAUCUAAAUAUAUAGAUUAUGAUGGACAGUGAAAAGAAAGCAUGAUUCAUUAGCUCAAAGUAAGGUCAUAAUCACCAAUGUGCGACACUCACUGGCAAGUAUGACCACAGAUGGCCUUUCCGGUUCAUCAAGAUAGUGCCCACCUUGAUUUGGUGAUUCGGGUGUCAACAUGGCAGCGACUGGAUGUGGCAAAGUGGAGCUAGUUGUGAACGUGUCUCAUUCAUUUGUUGCCUUGCGAUGCAAGAACAGUUUUACGCUCAAAUACAGAACAAAUGUGAUUACGACUGAAGUUUUGAUUUGUAUUUAGCCAUUGUAACAUAAUUUUUAGGAAUACAACCUAGUGAAGAUGAGCGGUUAGGAAAUUGAAUGCUAAAAUAAUUUGCACAUUUUCCGGCAAAUGCUAUGGCCACAUCCAAAAUGGCGGACGCGCUGAAUGAGAUAUCAAAAGGGUUUUGUGGCCUCCCGUGUUGUCUUAUCUGGGGGAAAUGGGUCCAAAUGACUCUGUAAUCAUUUAUGGUUGAUGACCCCCUGCCCAAGAUCAACCAGAAGGCAAAAAUCAAAAUCAUGGUGAUGUUCUUUUAGUACAUGUAUACUCCCUGUGUGAGGAGCUACCUUUUCAUUGAUCCCGAUGCUGUUUCUCAAGAACAUUUCUCAAGUUCGGGUUUCUUCCGUGACUUUAUUUCAUUCCACAUUUUAAUGUUUGUGUCAUUUUUAAACAUCACAUGUAUUAUUUUUCAUUGUUACAUUCCCCUUUUCUUUAUUUCACUUGUUUUGAAUAGUAGUGAAUAAACGAUGUAAUCCUCA